AUGUCUCCUUCCAAUAAACCUAUAUUUGUGGCGACCCAUCCACGGGCCUGUUCCACCGCAUUUGAACGGGUGUUUAUGACCCGCCGAGAUAUCUUGACAACUGUUCACGAACCUCUGGGUGACGCUUUUUACUACGGCCCAGAAAGGCUAAGUGACCGAUACGAACAUGAUGAGAAAGCUAGAGAAGAGAGUGGCUUCGGCCAAUCUACCUUUAAAACUAUCUUCGAUCGAAUUGAUAGUGAAGGUUCCGAGGGCAAGCGCAUCUUCAUUAAGGAUAUUGCGCACUACAUCUUCCCUCCGGACGCAAAACCCGCCUCGAUUGCGCCAUCCCUCCUGCAACCGAAGAAGGGCGUCGGCACUGCUGAGGACAUUGAUGGUGUGAACGGUGUUGAUGGUAGCUCAAUCGCCACCAGCGCUCCUGCGAACCCGAACGCGACGUCUAUUGCAAAGCAGACGGGAAAAACUGUGCCGCCCUACCCGUAUGCUACCGUCAUCGAGCCCAGAAAUCCCACUGUAGUGCCCGAAGCGCUCCUGAAGCAGUUCCACUUCACGUUCCUUAUUCGCCAUCCGCGUCGUAGUAUUCCGAGCUACUACCGCUGUACCGUUCCGCCGCUUGAUGAAAUCACCGGCUUCUACAAUUUCAUGCCCAGCGAGGCUGGCUACGACGAGCUGCGUCGCCUUUUUGACUACCUCCGCACCACCGGUCAAAUAGGACCUAAGAUUGCAGGACAGUCAAAUGCCAAUAGCGACAGCGUCGCGGAAUCAACUUCCAAAAGCGAAGUCGAAAUAUGCGUCGUCGACGCUGAUGAUUUGCUUGAUAAUCCUGCUGGAAUCAUUGAAGCGUAUUGCAAAUCAGUCGGUAUCAAAUACGAUCCUGGCAUGCUCAAAUGGGACUCGGACGACGAUCAGAAGGCUGCCAAGGAGGCAUUUGAGAAAUGGAAGGGGUUCCAUGAAGAUGCCUUGGACAGCAAGGAACUCAAGCCACGCUUGCACAAGAAGAAGGUGCAGAGCAACAAGGACGAAGAUGCCGAAUGGGCCGAGAAGUUCGGCCCAGAAGGCGCCAAAAUUAUCCGCCAGACCGUCGAUGCCAAUGUUGCGGACUACGAGUAUCUCAAGCAAUUCGCCAUCAAGGCUGCUUAG